CGUCGUCGACGUUCCUUUCGGCUAAUAUGCUGGCCCAAUACACCAGUCAAACAUUCAGAUAAUAGCAAGGUUUGUCUCGCGCUAUCGUGCAUUCUAAGUAUUCUCUUCGAUUGCGCUGGUGUUUUUCCUCGAGAGGCGGGGUCCUCACUGGCAUUCCAUUUGCUUCUAGCGAGUGCAAUUCAAGACCCUCCUGACUGAAUCCUCUGAGUCGCCUCCUCAAGGGACGGCACUAAUACCGUUAUUGCAGCCCUACAUCAUCUCAGAAUCGUAUCUCUCGCAGCAACCAUUGAGCCAUGAUGUCCUCGCUGGGAUGGGAAUGGGAACAUUGGCAAGAGCUGGAUGUAACUUUUCAGUUAAACGAAAAAUUGCUUGGGAACGCAAUGGCGUUCUCGUCUCUACAUCGCAAGCAACACCGUUCCCGGACCUUCAUCGAUGCUCAUCUCCCGCUGCUAAUGAAGUCUGCACUAGCGGACGAAUGUCAAAGCAGCUUUAUCGUUGUCUCAAAUUCUGAUUUCGCGUUUCCCAUGUUCGCGACGCGGGCUCUUGUACAACUCCAUCCGCCAACUCUUAUUUAA